CGUGCACUGAAGGUGUUUACUUUCAUUAUUGUCUUUUCUUCUUACAGAGUCGUCUUUUUUUUUUCUUCUGAGUCGUGGCUGAGGAGAAUCACAAGACUGUGACAGUCCGGUUGGGUCGUGGUCAUGCAGCACCCAAAUUUCGAGACCCGCCACCCUCUCCAGACAGACGAGCAGCAGGAGACGGGCUUAGACCCGCUCAAUAAUUUCAACAAGAACCAAAAUAGAGGAUCUCUUGAUGGAAGCACUUUCUCACAGCCUCAGUCCACCUUCCUCUCAUACAGGAAAGAAUGGGAUGACUUGUUCCUCAACAGUAAUUACCUGGCCCGGAUCCGGCAGGCAGGCAUCAACGGUCGACUGAGGAGCAGCCGCUUUCGGAGCGUGUGCUGGAAGUUAUAUCUGGAGGCUCUUCCAGAAGAUAAGGGUCAGUGGAUCAACAAGACCAAGGAGCUCCGAGCCCAGUAUGAAAAGAUCAAGGAGACGCACAUCACUAACCCCCGUAAGGCUGCAGGCCAGCAGGACCUGGUGGUCAACAAUCCACUGUCCCAGGAUGAAGGGAGCCUGUGGAACAAGUUCUUCCAAGAUAAAGAGCUAAAGGGGAUGAUCAAACAGGAUGUGUUGAGAACGUUCCCUGAGAUCCGUUACUUCCAGGACGAGGACGUGAGGUCCAAGCUGACGGACAUCCUCUUCUGUUAUGCCCGAGAAAAUGAACAGUUACUGUAUAAACAGGGAAUGCACGAGCUGCUGGCUCCCAUUGUGUUUGUGCUGCACUGUGACCACCAAGCCUUCCAGCACGCCAGCGAGACAGCCAGCCCCAGCGAGGAGAUGAAGUGUCUGUUGAACCCAGAGUACCUCGAGCACGAUGCCUAUGCCUUGUUCUCGCAGCUGAUGGAGACAGCAGAGCCGUGGUUCUCCAGCUACGAGAGGGAAGUGAGGAAGGGUAAGGAGGAGAUGUUGACCAGCAUCCCAUUUGCCCGGCCCCAGGACUCGGGGCCGUCUGUUGCCAUAGUGACCAAAGUCAACCGCAUCCAGGACCAGCUGGUGAAGAAGCACGAUGUUGAGCUGCAUAUGCACGUCAACCGGCUGGAGAUCGCCCCGCAGAUCUACGGCAUCCGGUGGGUACGUCUGCUUUUCGGCCGUGAGUUUCCACUGCAGGACCUGCUGGUGGUUUGGGACGCCCUGUUCGCUGACAGCAUCACUCUGGACCUGGUGGACUACAUCUUCGUGGCCAUGCUGCUCUACAUUCGAGACGCCUUGAUUGCCAGUAACUUCCAGACCUCUGGCCUGCUAAUGCACUACCCACCAUUAGGAGACAUCAACUCCCUGCUGCAGAAGGCUCUUUUCCUACGAGAUCCCAAAGUAAGCAAACAGCCACACUUCCAUCACUACUCUAAAU